GGCGCAACUGAUGCAGAUGUUGGAGAUAACGCAAUGGUUACUUACCAACUCAGUCCAAAUGAAUUUUUCACUCUUGAUACUAUAAACAAAAAGGAUAAAGGUAAAUCCCCAGUGCUUGUUCUGCGGAAAUUGCUGGAUCGUGAAGAAAAUUCACAGCUUAAGUUGUUACUGAUGGCAAUGGAUGGAGGCAAACCCGAAUUUACCGGAUCUGUUUCUCUGCUGAUCCUCGUAUUGGAUACCAAUGAUAAUGCCCCUAUUUUUGACAGAUCCGUUUAUGAAGUUAAGAUGUACGAAAAUCAAGCAAACCGAACAUUAGUAAUAUGGUUAAAUGCUUCUGAUGCUGAUGAAGGAAUAAACAAGGAAAUGACGUAUUCAUUUAGUUCUUUGGUUCCACCCAUCAUAAGAAGGAAAUUUCAAAUAAAUGAAAGGACAGGAGAAAUAAAAGUAAAUGAUAUUAUUGACUUUGAGGAAAGUAACAUUUAUGAAAUUCAUGUGGAUGUUACAGAUAAAGGAAACCCACCUAUGGUUGGUCACUGCACUGUCCUAGUGGAAAUCCAGGAUGAAAAUGAUAAUUCGCCUCAGGUAGUUGUCACUUCUUUUUCUCCUCCAGUGAAAGAAGAUGCUCCUGUGGGCACUGUCAUUGCUCUGAUCACUGUGUCUGACCAAGACUCUGGCAUCAACGGGCAAGUGACUUGUUCCCUGACACCUCACCUCCCCUUCAAGUUGGUGUCCACCUUCAAGAAUUACUAUUCUUUGGUACUGGACAGCGCCCUGGACCGCGAGGGCAUAUCUAAUUAUGAGUUGGUGGUGACGGCGCGGGACGGGGGCUCGCCUUCGCUGUGGGCCACCGCCAGCGUGUCCGUGGAGGUGGCCGACGUGAACGACAACGCGCCGGCGUUCGCGCAGCCCGAGUACACGGUGUUCGUGAAGGAGAACAACCCGCCCGGCUGCCACAUCUUCACGGUGUCGGCGCGGGACGCGGACGCGCAGGAGAACGCGCUGGUGUCCUACUCGCUGGUGGAGCGGCGGGUGGGCGAGCGUGCGCUGUCGAGCUACGUGUCUGUGCACGCGGAGAGCGGCAAGGUGUACGCGCUGCAGCCGCUGGACCACGAGGAGCUGGAGCUGCUGCAGUUCCAGGUGAGCGCGCGCGACGCUGGCGUGCCGCCUCUGGGCAGCAACGUGACGCUGCAGGUGUUCGUGCUGGACGAGAACGACAAUGUGCCCGCGCUGCUGGCGUCUCGGGCUGGAGGCUCUGGCGGGGCGGUGAGCGAGCUGGUGCCGCGGUCGGUGGGCGCGGGCCACGUGGUGACGAAGGUGCGCGCGGUGGACGCCGACUCGGGCUACAACGCGUGGCUGUCGUACGAGCUGCAGCCGGCGGCGGGCGGUGCGCGCAGCCCGUUCCGCGUGGGGCUGUACACGGGCGAGAUCAGCACGACGCGCGCCCUGGACGAGGCGGACGCUCCGCUUCAGCGCCUGCUGGUGCUGGUGAAGGACCACGGCGAGCCGGCGCUGACGGCCACGGCCACCGUGCUGGUGUCGCUGGUGGAGAGCGGCCAGGCGCCGAAGGCGUCGUCGCAGGCAUCAGCUGGUAUAGUAGGCCCAGAGGCUGCGCUGGUAGAUGUCAACGUGUAUCUGAUCAUCGCCAUCUGCGCGGUGUCCAGCCUGUUGGUGCUGACACUGCUGCUAUACACGGCGCUGAGGUGCUCGGCGCCCCCCACCGAGAGCGCGAGUGGACAGGGGAAGGCCACGCUGGUGUGUUCCAGCGCGGUGGGGAGCUGGUCGUACUCGCAGCAGAGGCGGCAGGGGGGGUGCUCUGGGGAGGGGCCGCCCAAGACCGACCUCAUGGCCUUCAGCCCCAGCCUUCCGCCCUUUCCAGUGGCAGAUGUGGAAGUGGAAGAUCAGUCUAAUCAAGGGGACCACUCUAGGAAGGUACGUUAUUAUUACAUUUUCAUUUUCAUAUUUUGCUUUGCCAAUAGUAUUUUCUCUCCUCGCAUUGUUUUCUUGAAACAUGUCUCAGAAUAUUUACAUUAUUUGGCUACAUACCAUUUAUGCUCAAAUAUUUCUAGUAAUACCUUUUGUAAUAUAUUUUAUUUCAGGAAGAGCAUGACAUUAGCUUCCGGACCAGGUGGCCAGGGAGCCCCGCGCCUGCUGCUUUUGCUUCUGCUCCUUGUAGCCUGGGAGGCGGGGAGCGGCCAGAUCCACUACUCCGUCGCCGAGGAGGCCAAACACGGCACCUUCGUGGGCCGCAUCGCGCAGGACCUGGGGCUGGAGCUGGCGGAGCUGGUGCCGCGCCGGUUCCGGGUGGCGUCCAAAGGCAGAGAGGACCUUCUGGAGGUAAAUCUGCAGAAUGGCGUUUUGUUUGUGAAUUCUCGGAUCGACCGGGAGGAGCUGUGCGGGCGGAGCGCGGAGUGCAGCAUCCACCUGGAAGUGAUCGUGGACAGGCCGCUGCAGGUUUUCCAUGUGGAGGUGGAGGUGAAGGACAUUAACGACAACCCGCCGGUAUUUCCAGUGACACAGAAGAAUCUGUUUAUUUCCGAAACGAGGACUCUUGACUCUCGUUUUUCACUAGAGGGCGCCUCGGAUGCAGAUGUUGGGGACAAUGCUGUGCUGACAUACAGACUGAGCCCCAAUGAGUAUUUCUCAGUGGAAGUACCAACGGAUGACGAGCAGGUAAAACCUCUUGGACUUGUAUUAAAAAAACCUUUGGAUAGAGAAGUUACUUCAGAGCUUCUCUUGUUGCUCAAAGCAACUGAUGGGGGCAAACCUGAGCUGACAGGCACCGUAGAGUUACAUAUCAUGGUGCUGGAUGUAAAUGAUAACGCCCCGGUGUUUGGCAAAGCAGUCUAUCAUGUAAAAUUACUGGAAAAUACAAGAAACGGUACGUUGGUUAUUAGACUUAACGCUUCGGAUUUGGAUGAGGGUUCAAACAGCCACAUCCUUUAUUCCUUCACAACUGACAUCUCCCCUAACAUAGAAGCCGCUUUUCGCAUAGAUUCAGCCAGUGGAGAAAUAAAAGUAAAUGGGAAAAUAGAUUUUGAAGAAACUAAAUUAUGGAAAAUGCAGAUAGAAGCAGUUGACAAAGGCAAUCCCCCUAUGUUUGGUCACUGCACAAUCUUGAUAGAAAUAUUGGACAUCAAUGAUAAUGCUCCAGAGUUAGUGGUAACGUCACUAUCACUCCCUGUUCGAGAGGAUGCUCCUCUGGGUACCGCUAUUGCACUAAUUAGUGUAACCGACCCUGACUCCAGUGCCAACGGACAGGUGACAUGCUCUCUGGCGUCGGACGUCCCCUUCAAGCUGGUGUCUACGUUCAAAAAUUACUAUUCGUUGGUGCUGGACAGCGCCCUGGACCGCGAGAGAGUUUCUGCUUAUGAGGUGGUGGUGACGGCGCGGGACGGGGGCUCGCCUUCGCUGUGGGCCACCGCCAGCGUGUCCGUGGAG